UGAUGUAUACAGUAUUCGGUUAUACGACUUGCUGAACGUUGAGGAUUACCGUCAAUACUGUCAAAAAAUCUUUGUAGACAAUACGCUUGACCCAGAGCACCACCGUAAAUACAGUAUUUAUCACCAGGGAGUUAACUAUAGUUUGUAAUUGUUAAAUACCAAGUGCUGUAAUGGAAGGAAAAUCAAACCAAAAUCUUGUCUUCUACGUCAAUGGCGAAAAGAUAAUUGAAAACCAACCAGACCCAAAAUGCACCUUAUUACAAUAUCUCCGAAAUAAACUAACUCUAACUGGUACUAAGUUAGUUUGUGGUGAAGGAGGGUGUGGUGCCUGUACUGUUAUGAUAUCAAAAUAUGAUGAUAAAAACCACACAAUUCGACAUUAUUCAGUAAACGCGUGUUUAACACCCGUUUGUGCUGUACAUGGUUUAGCUGUUACAACUACUGAAGGUAUUGGUAGUCUUCGUACAAGAUUACAUCCAGUACAGGAACAGAUAGCUAAAAGUCAUGGAUCACAAUGUGGUUUUUGUACACCUGGCAUGGUUAUGUCUAUGUACACUUUGUUAAGGAAUAAUCCACAACCUACGAUGUUACAGAUAGAAAAAUACCUAGAAGGAAAUUUGUGUAGAUGUACAGGAUAUAGGCCGAUAUUACAAGGUUACGGUGUAUUUUCUAAGGAAAGUUGUGGUAUGGGAGAACAGUGCUGUAAAAACAAACCAAGGGACAAAGAAGACGACAAUAGUAACAAAGAAAAUGAAAAUUAUAUUCCGCCUUAUGAUCCUACACAAGAACCAAUAUUUCCACCUGAUUUAAAGGUUAACUAUAAAGAGUAUAAUGAGAAACGACUGAUGUUUGAAACUAAUCAAGUGAAAUGGUAUCGCCCAGUAACUUUAACUGAUUUAUUAGAAUUAAAAGAAGAAUAUCCGGAUUCUAAGAUUAUUAUAGGCAACACUGAAGUCGGUAUAGAAUCUAGGUUUAAAAAUAUGAAGUAUUCAGUAUUAAUCAACGCCAGUCAUGUACCUGAAUUAACAGAUAUAAAAUCUACUGAAGAUGGAAUUAAAUUUGGUGCCUCUGUUACAUUGUCUAAAGUAGAAGAAGUUCUUGAAAAGGCUAAGGAAGAUUUGCCAGAAUCCAGAUGUAGAAUAUUUACAGCUGUUAUUGAAAUGUUAAAAUGGUUUGCUGGUAAACAAAUAAGAAAUACUGCUGCUGUUGGAGGAAAUAUAAUGACAGCAAGUCCUAUUUCUGAUUUAAAUCCUAUAUUUCAAGCCAGCAGCGCCAAAUUAGAAGUUGUGUCAAAAGGUAAAACCACCCGAAAAUGA